UAGGAAAUAAAGGCAGAGGAGAAGGGCAAGGAAAACGUGAGUCAUAAGACUUCAUAAUAUCGUACAUUGACAUUUUGACUUACCAAUAGAGUAGUAGGAUAUGGGAUCUAAAUGGUCCCAAAUGGUCUGUAGGUUGGAAGGUAAGUCCUUCAAGAAGAUAAACUUCUGGCCACCAUUUAGUAUAUUGAAAGAGAGCUGCCAUGUUUCUUGUUUGUCCUGAAUUCUGUUUGCCUAGAAUUGUGCUUGAACUGGGGCUUAAACUGUUCUUAACUUCCAUGUCUCUAAGCUACUUGAUUUGCCUUUACCCAGUACCUUUCCAGUGUAGUCUCUUCAUCUAACCUUCUAGCAUUUUGCCAUGAGUUAUUGUAAUUGGUGAUGACCCUGCCAAUUGUCAUUUUGGUAAAUUUUCACUAAAUAAUAAUGCUUCGCUCUUUAGAAAAACUGCCCCAGAGACUGAGCUGAAAGGGCACAUAUAACUGUAACUUCCAUAUAUUACAAGGGUCUUAUAUAUAGUGUGAUUAUAAUUUUCAUGAAAUGAAUCAACACCAAUUUGGUCCACAUAGAAUAAAGAAAUUAUCCGAGAGUUCUAAAUAUGCAAAAUGCAUUUUCAAAUCUGUUUGAUGGCCUUGACUGCAUUAAAAUUCAAUUGGCACCUGGCUGAUAAGAAUGCCAAGUUUUGCCCCAAAUAAAACGUGUUAUUUUUUCCUUUUACUACAGAUGCUCAAAAUUGCAUGAAAUGCUCUAAAUAUGAAAAGUCAAAUUCUGGAAGAAACAGCUGCAUCCCAAGGAAUAUAAAUUACCUUUCCUAUGAAGAUCAACUGGGCGCUACUUUAUCCUUCAUCUCCAUAAUAUUAUCCAUCAUGUGUGCUGUAAUCCUGGGAAUCUUUAGAAAGUAUUGUCAGACUCCUAUAGUGAGAGCCAACAACCAAUAUCUCAGCUGUCUCCUCCUCAUCUCUCUCAUGUUGUGUUUCCUUUCCUCUUUAUUAUUUAUUGGGCGCCCCACACAGAUAUGUUGUAUCCUUCAACAAGUGAUCUUUGGGAUUGUGUUUACUAUUUCUCUUUCAUCUUUGUUGGCUAAAACUCUCACAGUUAUUAUUGCCUUCAAUGCCACAAAGCCUGGGAGCAAGCUGAAGAAGUAUAUAGGAACCCAACUGUCCAUCAUACUAAUCAUUGUAUGUUCUUUAGGUGAGACUGUGAUUUCUGCUGUGUGGUUGGCCUCCAAUCCCCCAUUUGCAGAGGCUGAUACUCUUUCUGAUCCAGACUAUAUAUUUCUGUUCUGUAAUGAGGGGUCUGUCAUCCUUUUCUUCUGUAUAAUUGGAUAUAUGGGAACUUUGGCCCUACUAUGUUUCAUUGUUGCAUUUCUAGCCAAGGAUUUCCCUGACCGAUUUAAUGAGGCUAAAAACAUCACUUUCAGUAUGUUGGUGUUCUGUAGCGUGUGGGUGACAUUUGUCCCUGCAUACCUGAGCAGUAAGGGGAGUAGAAUGGUGGCUGUGGAGAUAUUUGCCAUUUUAUCUUCCAGUGCUGGAUUGUUAGGCUGUAUAUUCAUUCCCAAAUGUUAUAUCAUUUUUCUAAAGCCUGAACUGAACACAAAAGACUCAAUUGUUAGAAAAUUAUAG